AUGAUUGCUGAUGAAAUUGACAAAAUUAGAUUUGUUGGUCCUGUGUGUUCGCUUUAUAGUUUCGAGUUCUUUGUUAUUGAGGAUAUUGAACUGCUGUUGCAAGCUAUCGUCUGUUGCUCGAAAAGUUUCACUCUUCUAGAUUACUUUUCUUCUACGCAAUCUUUUUCUUUACAUAUAUCCCUUUUAUUGCGUUGUCACAGACACUUGCGGCCACAUUUUUCAUCCUGGUGGAUUUAUGUAACAUGGCUCCCAGAUGGUGCUGUCACUGUUGAAGAUGAUGCCGCUGCAGAUGAGACUAGUGUUGUCGAAGAAACAUCUUCACCCAUUUCAUCGUUGCUUCAAUCAUACAAAGAAGCUUUGGCAAGUAAUGAUGAGUCAAACGUUGCUGACAUAGAAGCAUCUUUAAAAUCCAUUGAAGACGGGAAAAUUGACUUUGAAAAGAAAAUGGCUUCUCUGUUAGAAGAGUUGUUGACGGGGAAGGAAUGGUUCUUAGGAUUAGUGCAGACUUUGACAACUUUCGCAAGAGGAUGUAGAGAGAUCGCCUUUCUUCUUUAUGAAAUGCCCAAGGAGAGUUUGGUUGCCUGUUUUGGAUAAUUUUGAGUGAGUUAAGCCCAAAUUAAGUUCGAGACAGAGGGAAAAGAGAAGAUCAAUAACAGCUAUGAGAGCAUAUUCAAGCAGUUUAUGGAGAUUCUGGCUUCACUCGGUGUUGAACCUUUUGGACAAAGUGGGAAAUCCUUUUGAUCCAAUGGUGAGUUAACUCUUGUUACUCUUUGUUUUCCCACCUUUCGUAGACAUGAUAACUAAUUAUUUGUUGCAUAAUUCAUGUCUAAGCCUCAUUCAAAUUCUCAUUUCUUGUCCUUAUCAACAAUGGGUUGGGGAGGCAGUUCGUGAACGAAUUGCGCUAACGCCUCAAGUAUAUGAUGCAUUUGAUUACUAAUGAGAAGACUUUGACUGACUAGGAAAUAAUUAUGGCAGAGAAUACAAUUAACUUGGCAUAUUCAAUUUAAUCUUCGAAUGAUGGACAGUACAUUUGAAUAUUAGAUGACCGGCUUCAUUUUUGUUUUUUAUUUGGCAUGAUGAUUAUUGGCUUAAUGCAGAUGAAGUACUGAGUUGGCUCGUUAUUCAGUCAAGUACUUGAUGAACAUUCUCGA